AUGGAGGAAGAUAAAUAUGAAACACCAUUAGAAGUUAAUUGUAUAGGAAUUGAGGAACCUCCAAAAAGAAAAAUAACCAGUAGACGUAAAAAAGUAAGACUACUGAAUAAAACAAAAUCAAAUGAGAAACGCAAAAAACCAUCUAAAAAUUUUAAGAACCUUAAAACGUUUAGAAAUUUUAAGCCUUUCAAACAUUUUAAGAGUUUGAGAAAUAUUAAAAAUUCCAAAAAUAAAAAAAAGAGGGAAAAGGAAAAAGUAAAAAAGAGACAAAAAAAGAAGUUCAAGAAAAAUACUCUCAAUGAGCGCUUACCCAUCGAGCAGGAAAAUUCGACGGAACUUCUGAAUAAAGACAUGUGUAGGGAAACUGAAUGCAAGGACAAUGAAGUUUUAUGUAACCAGAAGAAAAUAUCCCCCCAUUUUAAGAAUGAACAAAGGAACAUCAGUCCUCCUAUUAUCUGCAAAAUGAGAUGGCGAAAAAAGAGUAGCAAUACUGGACAUACUGCCUUAACACACAAUAAAAUUCUUUCUAAUCAUUCUGAUGAACAAAAUGGACCAAGUAUAAAUACUUCAAAUGAAAUUAUAAAGAGUGUCUACAAGGAACAACUCCUUUCGACCCACAUAGAUUUAAUUGUUGGAAAUACAACAUCUUUGAAAGAUCAGGAAAGGCGUGUUGUCCCGUAUGCUCUUCUCGAUAAAAAUUCCACUAAGCAAGUGUUUCAAGAAGUAGUAACAGGUUGUGGUAAGUCCAUAAAUCAUGGGGAAGAAAAAGGAUGUAGAGGAAUUAACAGGACUGUUUUAGAACAUCGAAUGGAUGAAGAUACUGAAAAAGUCUUACUGAACCAAAAUGAAGACAAUGAAUUAAUGAAUAAUGGUAAACGUCUGGGAGAAAAGCUCACAAAUGAGGAGCACACAAAUCCGGAGUACACAAAUUGGGAGUGCACAAAUGCUCUAGGUUCGAUGAAUGAGAAUGAGAUGUCACGAAUUCAAUUCAAGGAUCUAAUAAUAUCAAUGAAAAAUGAUACAAAUAGUAUAAGUCUUGUAAUGGAAAAAUUGAGCGAAGAAAAGCUACUGUAUUUUUCCCUACCAUUUAGCGAAAAUUACGACAUUGUAAAGUACUUCAGUUUGUUAUCAGUAGAAAAAAUAAGUAAAAUAAUAAAAUUAUUACAUGUAGAUAAUUAUAAAAAUUUUAUUUUUUUGUUUAACCAAAAGAAAAUCACAGAUGUAGUGAAUUAUGUGUCUGUUAAUACAUCUAUUAGUAUACUCUUAAAUUUAUCUCAUAACAAAUUAGUAUAUAUAUUGAAUCAUAUAGAAGAAAAAGUGCUUAUAAAUUUGAUAAAUGGAAUACCUUUGUGUAAAUUUUACCACAUUGCUGAAUGUUUGCCAAUUCCCAAAAUAAGUCUCCUAUCAGAUCAUAUUACAUAUGAUAAAUUAUAUAUACUUCAUAAUUCCAUGCCACCAAAAAGAUUAUAUGAACUGACGAACAAUUUACCUAUGCACAUUAUUAAUAAGUUGAUAAAUGAAUUACCUUUAUACAAAUCUAUAAGGAUUUUAAAAAUUUUGUCACCUUCAAAAAUUGGAUGUGCGAUUAACACAUGUGAACUUACCCCCCAUUUUGCUUCAGAAAUAUGUAGAUCAUUUAAUGCACAGGAAAUUAUCGAAAUUAUAAAUUAUUCAAAUAUGGAAAAUUCAGUAAUGUUAUUAAGUAAGUGCAAUUUAAUCAAAAUUAUUCUCUACAUAAAUUACAUAUCAGUAGAAGAAUUUAAAUAUAUUGUUCCAAAAUUGCCCAUCCAAUUCCUCACACAAAUUGUCAAUGACAUAUCUUUGAAAUUGCUCAUAGAGCUUUUUAUGUCUCUUCCAAAGGAGAAGAUCAUUCCUUGUUUGUUCGCUAUAACUCCAAAAAAGUUAAAUUUUAUUGUACGGGUCAUACCCACACAAAGAAUAAUAAUAGACAUUAUACUAAGACAAGCGAGGGAUGCUGAACAGGGGUUUCACGCCACCACUACCAUGACUACCACUACCACUGCUACUUCCACGGCUAGCAAUAAUAGACACAUCGAUCAUGUAGAAAAACAAAGGAAACUGAUUAAUUUGCUAGAUGAAUACAAUUUACUCCUCAUCCUUAACCAUUUGAAUGAUGACGAUUAUGGAGCAUUCUGCAAUUUACUGUGCAUUGACAAGGCAGAAAAUAUUAUAAACUCCUUUUGUGUCGAUUACAAAAGCGCUGCAAUGGUAAUCCUGUUUUUACCCAUUAGCAAAAUGAUCGAGAUUCUACAAAGGACAAAUGGUGAACGAAGAGAUGAAAUUAUGAAGCAUCUUCCAAACUUUGUUAACCAUAUUCUUUUACCACGACCAUGUGAUAAUAAACGAAUGAGCACAAUAGAACAAAUGUUUAUUAUUUGCAAAUUGCUAAGACUGAAUAAAAUUUUUAGUAACAAUAAAAAAAUUCAAUCUUUAAAAAAAAAAAAUAAUAAAACAAAAUAUUAUUACACUAUAAAGAAAAAAAACAAUGAUAUUAUACAUAGUAUUAAUAUAAAAAAUUAUUGGAAAUUUUUAAACACAAUUUCUUGCUCCAAAAUUCUGGAAAUGAAUCGUGUUGUCGAUAGCAUCAUAUGUAGAGAUUCUUAUGAUGAAUCUGAAAUUAUGGAUUGUGUUUUGUUUUUCUUUAGUAUCUAUCGACAAAAUAAAACUACGAAAUGGAAAAAUGGAAAAAAAAAAAAAGAAAGAAAAAACAUACAAAAGACAAGUAACAUCAAUUUGCAAAAACAAAAGUCAUUUCUUCAUCAAAAAUUCUAUAAUAACACCAAAGUGUAUGACAAUGAUAUGGGCAUAAAAAAAGAACAUUUAAAAUUAUACGAGGAAAAAUUAAAUAUGAAUAGCUCCUUAGAUAGAACCAAAAUAAAAAGAAUUAUAAGUCACACAGAUGAAAGAAAUAAAAGCUGUAUGAAGGUUGAGUUAGGAAAAUAUAAUCCUAUCAUCAACAGGAGCGUUAGAUGUCCCUUCUACACAUUUUUAAUACAUUUUAUUUGUUUUAUAAAAAUGCAUAUCGAACAGCAUAUUCUUCUGAAUUGGAAAAAUUCACAAUAUAAAGGAGAAGAAGAGAAAGACAUUAGCGAAUUUUUAGAAAAUAAUUUACUCUUAAAAAAACAACAAGUACUGAAAAAUACAUCCUAUUACAAUAAUACACAAAUCAAUAAUAACUAUAAUGUGAUUGAAAAAUCAAGUUGCAUACAAGCCCAUUUAUUAAACCACAUAUGUGUAAACAGUAAAUUAAUUUUUAAAAUUGUUAGAAAAAUUAUGAAAAAUGUCUUCUACUCUGUUAAGAAAAUAAAUCAAAUGAAAAAUUCUGCCCUUAUCAUUAAACAAAUUUCUAUGUUUAAUAUCAUCCAUGCUGAUAUAAUUCAAUAUAAAAAUCAAACAUCAAAGGAGGACCUGAAAAGUCUGAAUGAACAGAACUAUUCCACGGGUAAUAAAAUGAAUGAUCAAAUUAGCCAAAAUGAAAGUGAAAUCACCGUUGCAGUUAAAAGUAGCACUAGUUGUGUCUCACGGUGUAACAACUUUUUGAAUGAAAAUUGCCCUUAUACAAAUGCCAAUUUUGGAGCAAUGGAUGAAAAAAACAGCAAAAAUGGGAUAAUCUCAGAAAAUGGAACUAAAGAAGAAAAAGCAAUUCAAGAUAGUGAAGAGACAAAUGAGACUAACUACAAAAGUGGACAGUUGCAGAUGCCGUUACAUUUGACGUUACAAAAUGAUAAAGCAGAAUAUGCAUUUAACAAAGGAAAAACACCUUUGAGUGUGUUAGGAAAUGAAUUACUGGAACAUAAGGAGGAAGAAGAUAUUUUUCCCUACUUAGGUAAGUCUGUCACAAAUUCAAUUCGUAAAAAUGGCCCUAUUUUCAUAGCGAACAAAAAAAAGAUAUGGAAAUAUGACCCUCUUAUUAAUGGUGACGGUUCAGGGUUCAGGGAUUGUAACUCUGGAGAAAUCCAUAUUGAGAAAAUAAAAACAGAGCAAUGUAAUAAGAUUAACAAAAAAAUUAAAAAAAAUUAUUUUAAAAAAUUAAAGAAUAUUCAAAAACUACCCAGUUUUAAAAGAUUUACACAAAGAUAUAAAUGUAUCAAUAAUAGACCAAAUAAUAAUGCACCUCCAAAUAGAAGUUUAAAUUGUUCUAUUGACAGUAGUCAAAACAUUGGACAAAGUGGAAAUAUUACUCCUAACGUAGACAAUAAUGAAGAAUCCAUUUAUUCUACUAGAAAUAAUCAAACAGAAAUAAUAUCAUCCGAUGUUUCCACGAAAAGGAAGAAAAACAAAGUGUCCCUUUUAAAAUUCAUAUUAUCUUUUAACGAUUCUACUUCACAAGACUAUGAUAAUAACAUUACAUUAAUUAUAAGUUUUUUUUUUUUGAAAAAAAAAUUUUUUUUUAGCAAAUAUAGAAACAGAAUUGUAGGAACUUCUCUAAAUAUACAUAUAAACAACAAGGAAUGUAAAAAAGUAUUGAAUUUUAGUGCACCCCUUAGCGACACUCUAUGUUACAUCAAUUCGAAUAUUAUGUCUUUACAACAUGAAGACACCGAAUCUAUUAAAAAUUUGUAUUCCCUAGCAUCUAGCAAGUGGACUUCGGGACGUUAUAAUUCACGUGAUAUAACUUCAUACAAUGGUGCACAAUCAUAUUUAUCGAAUGACGAAGAAAAGCGGAAAGAUAGAAACCAUUAUGAUAAUAAGAUUUACAUACCUCAGAUGAUUAAACAGAAUAAAAACAAAUCAAUUAAAAAUAUGUGUAAUAAUUUAAAUUCUAGCAUUAUUCUGCUUUGGAAAUCUACUCAAUUUGGGUACAUACUUUUAGAUGCACACAAUUCUCUUCAUGUGAAUAUUAGAGACCCCUCUAGACAGUUCUUUCUAAAUUUAUUCAGACAAAAUGAUGACAUGUCCUUAGAGGGAAAAACUUACAGAAACAUAAAUUCGUUUUUUUCAAAAUAUGAAAGGAAAAAAGUAAGCCUCAAAAAAAUAAAAUCAAUGUUUUCAAAGAUAUUAGAUAAGAAAAAGUCUACCGUUGUAGCGAGUACAGAGAAUGAUGCCAAGAUAGAAAGAGGACAAGCAAGUGUGGAAGAAGAAGAAGAAGAAGAAGGGAGAGAGAAAAGUCAAGCUGUUGCCAGUUUCGAAGGUAGAACUAUUUUAUACCAAAAUGGAAAAAAUUACAUGAACGAAUGUGAAAAUGGUGUACCUAAGGAAGUCUGCGAUGCCAGGGAUACCAUCGUCAAUGGACUAGGUUUAAAAUCGGAGGAAAGUAUUAUGAGUGACGAUAAUGAAAUAUAUUUUGGUGAUGAAUAUUACAAUUCUUGUGAGAGGGAAAAUUCAAUCAGGGUUAAGAAUGGGGAAGAAGAACGUGGUGAUAAAAAUAGGGGAAAAUGUAGUGACAAAAAUGUGGACGCUGUGACAGAACAAAUCGGGAUUGGGGAAGGGGCCUUCCAAAUUGGGCUCACUGAUAAAUGCAAAAAAAGGGUGGAAUUGAGCCAAUGCCAUAAUGUGAUAAACCAAAAGAUCCAAAAGAGAGAUCAUAUGCACCAUGAUGAAAAGGUUAAAAAAGAGCAAAACGGAAAAAACCAGGAAUAUAGCAUGUGCAGGAAAUACGACAAAAAAUACACCUCAACCAAAAAAUAUUCCUCAACUAAAAAAUACCCCUCAACUAAAAAAUACCCCUUAACCAAAAAAUACUCCUCAAGUAACAAACACAGCAUUGUGAUCAACAAAUUCAGCAACAUCAUUAGUGAAGCGCACAGAAUCCUGUCUCGUAAGGAAAAAAUUAUUAACAAGAAGAUAUCACAAGAAAUGCAUAUUAGCAGAACAUCUCCAUACCUUUUAACGGAAAGCGAAAAAGAAAAAAUGAGAGAAAUAAAAAAUAACGAACUUAAUAAAAUUAUGGAAGAAGAAUUAAGAAAAGCAAAUAAGAAUUAUAAACCAAGAAGUGUUUACUCACAUAGAAAUACCACGUAUACAGAUGAUGAACUUAAUAUAAUUCACUAUUUAGAGGAAAAAAAAAAAAAAAAAGACAAAAAAAUGAUAAAAUGGAAACAAGUUAUUACUACUAAUAAAAAAGAAAAAAAUUUCUUUCCAUUUUAUAUUAACGAAAGUAAAAUAUUAAAAAUAAAAUUAUUAACACUUAUUGAAAAUUCAUUAUGCAGUUACGACAUUAUAAUGGGUGAUAAAACAAUUAUGAAAGUAAAUGAACACAUAAAAGAUGAAAUUGAAAAGGAACCUACAUAUUCUUCCCCUAAAAAUAGUACUACUGGAUGUCAUUUCUCCCUUGAACAAAUUUCUUCCAACAGUUCUCACAAUUAUGGGGAACAAUCGAUAUUUCCAUUUUUAAAUUCAAAUGAUUGUCAAGAGAAGCUACAUGUGAAAACGAUUACUCUGAAUAAUAAUCUAAAUUUCAAUCCAAAUAAUAUAUUAAGCAGCAAAGCAAAUGAGGAUAAUGCUUAUUUCUUACAUAGUAAUGUUUUUUGCAUUAAAUACCCUUGUGGAAUGGUCACAGAAGGAGAACUGUAUCAAACAAGUGUACAAAAUGAAAAUUGUAAGAUAACCUCAAAAGAGAUAAAUGAAAAAACGAUACAUCAAAUGAAUGAGGGUCUUCAAAAUAGAGCACUUUUUUCCCCCUCUGAAUCCUGCAACAGCACUACUACAACCCUUUUGGCAGAUCAGCGUGCACUAAAUAAAUCCUCAUCACUAUACCUAAACAACAACUUUCAGAACAAAACAAAUAUUAUUAUGAAAAAAAUAAGUGGAAAUACAUACGAAAUUUUAAAUAAUAUUGUAAUUAAUGAGAAAAAUAAAUCAGAAAAAGGAUCAUCAGCGAGUGAAUCAAAUAAAUGCUUAAAAAGUGAUACACACUUAAAUAAAACUUCAGCCUUUGUAAAUCUGUCUUAUGAAACAGAUAAAUCUAUUCACCAUUCGGUAGAUGGUACCUUAGAAAGAGGAAGUGUUUCUACUACGAAUGAAAGGAAUGAGAAAUGUGAUGUUGGAAAGGAAAUAAUAAUACCUAAAAAUUUGCUUAACAAAUAUGGUAACAACGAUCUUGACAUUUAUUCACAUGAAGCAAGGAACGAUAAUUUAAUGAACAAAUUGGAUGAAGUUAACGACAAUUCUCUCUUAUUGAAAAAAAAUGAACAAGACGCAAUUCAGGAACAUAUGGAGUACACGAAACAACAGAACUAUUUUUCAUCCACUUUAAUGGGACACAACAACCAACCAGAAAAUUAUGCACAGAUGAGUUUAAGAGAAACAUGUGCACAAAGAAAUGACAUAUGCAAUAACAAAGUUGAAAGAAAUAACAUAGCAGAAUAUCAAAAAAGGAAACUAAAAGAAAAAGAAAACGAAAGUUUCUUAAAUGAUCUGUUAAACAGAAUGAGUAAGGAGCACAACUCGCUUGACAACUAUGGCGGAGAACUGAAGAAAAAAAUUGGCCUUUUAAAUUUGCAUUGUUUGUUCGAAAAUAAGUCAGAAAAUUUUUACCUAAUUAGUGAAGGAUGUGCUAAAGCUAAUAAUUAUGUUAAUGACAAUAUAUUUAUUCACACGAAACUUUACAAUGAACUUUUUCAUCUAAAAAAGGAUUACAUGUCUACCUCAGAAAAAUCCUCCAAGAUUAAUAUAUCUGUCGCUUCCAACUCUUCCAAUUAUCACAAUACAAGUAGUUGUUAUAGCGAGUCAACUGAAAAUCAAAACAUAUGCGUGCACAAGAUGAAAGAAAUAUUGUGCAAUGAGUGUGGAAAUGUUCUCAGAAAAAAUCUCCUAAGCGACAUGUUCUUUUUCAGAAUAACAAUUAUUAAUAAAAAAUCAUUUUUUUCAAAGCAUGUAAAAAUCAACAUAUAUUAUCAAAGUCCCUUAAUUAGUGCAAACUUUACAUCGAAGGAUAAUGUUACGUAUUCUUUAGAAAAAAGUAUAACAGAAUAUAAGUUAAAAAUUGUUGCUAUUAAUAAAAAAAAAAUGCACAAAAAGUUAUCUUUAUCCAAGUCAAAGUUUUUUAGAAAAUGCCUCGAAAUUGAAUUAAUUAGUAGUUUAGACAAUAUGGAAAUUUGUGAACAGGAAGGGAAAAAUGUAAUGAGAAGUUGCACAAAUGAUACUAAUGCUCAUUUUUCCAUUAAUCAAUCAAAUUUGUAUAAGCGCAAUAGAUUGGGGGACCAUAUCAUGGCAAGAAAAAGUUUAUCCUAUGAACAGACGAAAAAUUAUUCAAAACGAUUGUCAAAUGUGUACCAUUCCUCCAAUGAUGCUCCUACUACUUUGUAUAAUUCACGCUUUGCAAUACUAAACUUUAGCAUCCUUGAUGACAAGAAUAAGAAGUAA